AUGACGGUCCUGAAAGUUAAAUUUGGAAAUGACAUCAGAAAAACUUCUGUACAUGGAGAAUUGACUUUCAAUGAUUUAGUUUUAAUGAUCCUUAGAAUUUUCAAUAUCAAGAAUGAGUCUGAGCUUAGUUUGAAGUACAAAGACAGUGAAGGUGAUCUCAUUACUCUUACCGAUGAUUCUGAUCUUAUCCUAGCUCUCAAUGAGCCAUCUUUGACAGUAGAAGUUUCAUUCGGUACUUCCGAUCAAAUCAUCCAAGAUUUGAACCGUCAUAUCGCUAGUCUUCAGGAAGGCAUUCAAUCUUUAGCUAGAAGCAUUGCUUCAGUUGAACUCCCUGCUAGAAGCUCUUCCCAUGCACCAAGUCAGCAAGCAGCUCCAGCUCAUAUUCCUCCUUCUCCAGUUCCCUCAGAGAAGCCAGAGAUCCCAGCUACCAUCCAACCUUCAUUACAAGAGCAGGCUGAUGGACAUCACACUCGUGAGUUGUCAGCUCCAUUAGAGGAAGACAUCCCACUCGAAGCUGGAGCUCACGAUGGGUUCUCUCAAAACUUUGUACCCGACCCAAUGCAAAAUCUCCCACCAACUUCCAUUCCAUCUUUCCCCCAAGCUAGCGUAGCUCCUCCACCAUCUCAAUUCGAUCAAAGGGGUCCUCAUACUCCUCAUUCAUCGGGCAACGUUCCUCCACAACAGUUUGACGCUCCACCAACUCACAACGUUUUCAAUCCUCAUCAACCUCAACAACAGCCACCUUCAUUCGCACCUCCUACUUCCUUCGCUCCUCCACCAUCAGUAGGAAUUCCUCCACAACCUCAAGGCCAGCAACAACUCGGUGGAUUCCCUCCUGCCCCAGGAAACUUUGGACCACCACAAGGUCCUCCUCAAAACCAACAAGCUCCACCACAAGGACAGUUCCCACCCCAACACCUUGGUCAACAGUUCCAGGGUCCUCCAUCUGAGCCAGCCCCACCAAGUUUGAACAACUACAAUGGACCACCAAGCGGUUUCGCUCCACCUCAACAACAUGGUGUUCCUCCCCAUGGAAUGCCUCAACAAGGACCACCCAGUCAAGGACCACCACAAGUUCACCAUCACCAAGGAGUUCCACCUCCUCAUCUCGGAGGACCACCAAUGGGAGGAGCCCCUCUCUCCGGACCACAAGGACCCCAAAUGGGAGCCCCACCUAUGGGCGGACCUCCAAUGGGAGGACCACCAAUGGGAGGACCACCAGGAGGUGCCCCAGGAGCACCAGGAAUUAAUCCAUUCGCAAGAGGACAAGCUUUCCGACAAUCUCCUUAUCACCAAUAA